AUGAAGUCGCUCUGUAUCAGCAAGAGGUCAAGAUUUUCAUGCCGUGGUGUGAUCACGGGUGACACAUACAUUCCCAUGAAUGUGGUAGGAGUGCCUGACGAAGUAGCAAGACAGAUGUCGGUACAAGUGCAUGUGACAGAGUACAACAUUGCUCAGCUGCAAGGCAUGCUGGAUAGAGGUCUUUGUCUGACACAUGAAGAUGCUAAUUCCAUCACGCACUCCUUGGAUGUGGGGAAAGCAAAUAAGAAACGCAUCAUGCUGAAGGUUGGUGAAACGGUCAACCGCAGAAUUCUAGAUGGAGAUACUGUAUUUAUCAAUAGGCCACCAAGCACCGACAAGCACUCAGUCCAAGGAAUGUAUGCCCAUGUUCAUAGUGAUCACACCAUCAAGAUCAACCCACUCAUAUGUGGACCACUUGGAGCUGAUUUCGAUGGUGAUUGUGUCCACAUAUUCUUCCCAAGGUCAGUGUCAGCAAGGGCUGAAGCUACAGAGCUCUUCACGGUGGAGAAGCAGCUGGUGAGCUCUCACAGUGCUAAACUGAACUUUCAACUUAUAAAUGCAAUGUUCACGGGAGGGUUGAUUCCCAAGAAGCAACUAUCAGGUGGACCAAAGUGGACUUUUGCUCAGAUUCUAGAAACAUUACUGCCAGAGGAGAACAGAAUGUUAGUCAGAGACUUGGUUACUGGCACAAUCACCAUCUCAUCAGUUUUGUCAACGAUGAGUCCAAAGGAGGCCGUAGAAUUUCUGAAUCUUCUGCAGCCCCUGCUGAUGGAAUCAUUAUCUAUUGAUGGCUUCAGUAUAAAUCUGAGAGACUUCACUGUCGAAAAUUCAAUACCAGAGAUGAUUCAGCAUAAGGCACUUAAUCUUGACAAGUUACGGAAACCAAUUGUGGACUUCAUCGCUUCUUCUUCUGAUAUUCGUUUGUUGGUUGAUCAAAAGAGUGACUCUGCCAUGAACAAAGUAGUGGAGCAGAUUGGUUUCUUGGGAACUCAGCUGCAGUGCAACGGAAGAUUAUACUCUAGCAGCUUAGUGGAGGAUUGCCUAUCCAAGUCACUGAGCAAAUGUGGCAGCAGCAGCAACGGUGGCCAUCCUUUGGAGGCACAUGGUUUUAUCAGAAGCUCAUUUUACAAGGGACUGAACCCAUAUGAGGACCUACUCCAUUCGAUAUCUGCAAGGGAGAAGAUAAUACACGCAUCUAAAGGACUAAUGGAGCCGGGCACUCUCUUCAAGGACAUGAUUGCAAUGCUCCGAGAUGUUGUAGCAUGCUAUGAUGGAACCAUAAGAAACUCGUGUGGAAAUUCAGUUGCUGAGUUUGACUCGACAGAAUCAUCGAGUUAUGUGACACCAGGAGAUCCUGUUGGUAUCUUGGCAGCCACUGCAGUUGCAAAUGCUGCAUACAAGGUGGUGUUAGAUCCAAAUCAGAACAACAUGACCUCCUGGGACUCGAUGAAGGAAGUGCUACUUACAAGAGCUAGCUCUCGAAAUGAAAAUGACCAAAAAAUAAUCUUGUAUCUGAGUAAAUGCUCUUGUGGGAAUAAUUUUUGCACGGAAAGAGCAUCACUAGCAGUUCAAGCCUGCUUAAAGAGGACCAAAGUAGAAGACUGUGCUACUGAGUUCUCAGUCCAGUAUCAACACCAAAAUAUGGAAGCAACACAUUGUCUUGUUGGCCAUAUUCACCUUGACAAGAAGCAACUGGAUGAAAUGAACAUAAGUAUGGAAGAUAUUCUUCAGAAAUGCCAGGAAGCUAUUUGUGAACGCCGAAAGAAAAAGGGGCAAGUGUAUCAAGUUCUGAAGAGAAUUGUACUGAGUUCAAGGUGA